AUGUGCGUCUUCUUCACGUCUGGUUCUACUGGGAAGCCAAAAGGCAUUCAGUUAACCCACAAUGCCUACAUCAACUGGGCCCGAAUGGAGGAGGCGUCCUAUGCAAGCGCCGACAGCGUCUUUUUUAACGACCGCCCGAUGACCUGGAUAGGUGGACAUCAACUGAUUCUGGGAAUGGCCCUCUAUGGGACAACCGCUCUCACUGUCAACUCCAGUAUGGUUGUGGCGGAGGGAGAGGUUGACUUCGUUUUAACCAUCUUGAACAGAGAGAGUGUCACCCACACCGCUAUGAUGCACUACUUCAUCGUGGACCUUUUAAACUACAGUGAUGCCGUUUCGUUCUGUCAGGUACCCAGUCUGCGCUAUAUCUUAACAGGCGGGCAGAUGAUGGACAGAGAUCAGCUAAAAAGGCUCCUGGCCCUUUUCCCAAACAUCAAACACAUCACGAUCGGGUAUGGAUCCACCGAUGCCGGACCCAUCGCCCUGCAGGACGUGACGCACGACACCAACAGUGACAAAAUGCAGGUGACAUACGGCGUUGAAGUGAAAAUCGUUGAGCCGGACACCAAUCGCGAUGUACCUCCUGGGUCCGCGGGAGAAAUAUGCGUCCGUAAUCCCUUAAUAUACCACUGCCUUUACGUGGACAACCAGGCGGCUUCCCAGGCAGCGUUUGACGAGGCGGGCUGGUUCCAUACCGGUGACAUCGGCACCAUGACAACCGACGGUCAACUCUCUGUCUCGGGCCGCAAGGACGAUAUGAUUAAACGGGCAACUAUCAAGGUCUUCCCAGCUGAAGUAGAGGCCGUCUUCGCUCAACACCCAGCCGUUAAAGACGUCAUCGUGGUAGGCGUGCCGGAUAUCCGGUUACGAGAGGAGCUCUGCGCAUGCGUUAUCAUGGAGAGCAGCGGGGAUGUAGCGGAAUUGGAGAGGUGGUGCAAGGAAAAGUUUUCUGUGGGGCCGGAUGGCUUGUCACUGGCGCCGAAGUAUUAUCUCCAGUUCGAAGAAUUCCCUUUAACAGGCACAGGAAAGACGCAACGAAAGACUAUUAGACAAAAAGCCAUGGAAAAACUGAAAUUAUGA